AUGUGUGAGUGUGCUCCAUCAGGGAGUAUGUCGAUCGCGGGCCAUUGGGCUCUUCGCGGUGGCUUUACACCGCGAGCAAAUCCCAGAUGUCCAAAUAUUCAUUUCCCGCACCAGGAUAUGUAUUGGCAACAACGCGGCGAAUUUUUCGUCAGUUUUUAUCAUCGUUCACAAGAAAGUGUGAAGAUGUUCGAUGCAAUGAAACAACGAGUAGAACUUGCUUAUGAACAACGUCGUAAAUCAGAAGCUAAUCGUUUGCAGAAAGUUACUAAUGGAAAAAUGAUGCAAUAUUUGGAACGGAUCCCGUUGUCGAAAAAUGUUACAUUAACGAUUGAAGUACCAAAUUCCGAACAUGCUGGCAUGAUGGAGCGAAUGGAAGCUUGGUGUGAUCUAGAUUCAAUACCACAAAUUAUGCAAGACACUGGUGUACUCAUUCAAUUCCCGGAUUUAGUACCUGAUGUCAAAAAUGCUGGUGAUUAUGUAAAUAGAGUAACGCUAACAGGGCCGCUAGCAAAUGUUGAACAAGCCAGGAUUCGAAUUAGAAAUUUUACGCCUGUAGCGAUCAGUUUUCCUCUAAGGACAUUGAAACCUCACAUAUCAAUGAAGGAUGUGAAAAAUGUUAUCGACAAAGCAAUUGCCGAAAAAUUAAUUAAUUUUCCUAACCUCGAAAUAAUGGUGCAACUUCCACAGUUACCAAAGGAUCCAGUUCCAUCAUGUGUUGUGCGCGGUACACCAUCUCAUGAACGUGAUAUAUGUGAAGCCUGUACAGCUCUUCAUCAAUUGCUGUUUGAUGCUGUAAACGACAAUGAACAUAAAUCAGCAAUGAUAUAUUCAACGGUAUUAGAUAUACCGGCUGUACAACAGCUAGCUGUUACGGGAAUACCACAUGGAUAUUUGAUACGUAUGAUAAGUUUGGAAACAAAUGCAAUCAUUUAUUUUCCAACUAUAGCAGACCGUCAUUUUGGAGCAACCAUAUUUUAUCUUUAUGGUUCUGUGCAUGCUAUUAUGAGAGCGAGGAAAUAUAUUCAGGGUCUUCUUCCUGUACGUUUAAUUUUCGAUGUAGAGAAUGAUGAUUUACUUUGUCCGGUUGAUGCAUCAAAUCGAGAGAUAUUCUUGCGUGAUACAGAACAUAAUGUAACAAUAAUGAUGAAAAAAAGUCGCUUAGAAGGCGAACAAUUAACUACGAACGAUACUUUACGGAAUAUGGUGACAAUAGAGAGUGGCGAAUACAAUCUUACUAAUGUUUAUGCAGUGCGACAUCAACUUCUUCGGAAUGGUAUUUUGGAGAAUGAGCCGUUGAUCGUAACAAAAGAUUUCGAUUUCUUUAAGAAUGAUUUCAGAGCACUAAUUGCUAAAAAUAAUCAGAUCAUAUCUGAGAGUUCAAUUAACUCGCUAGCAAAGGCUUCAUCGUUACUUUAUUCCCAGUUGAACCAAAAUAUACAAUCAAAUUGUAAGCUCAGCUCAUUUCCGCCAGUGCCUCUUAUUUCAUCAACUAUAAUAAAUGAUGUUGCUGCGUUGUUACCGCAAAUGCGUGUUUGUCAGGAGGUAUUACAACCAUCUGAGAAUGAGAAUAUGCCAAUCGCAGUAACAGUCAAUAGCAGUUCAGCAAACCAAGAAGAAACCGAAGAAGAAACUGUAAAUUUUACAGCCUCGCCGUCAUCGAUUGUAACAAAAGAACAGAGAGCUUCAGAUGAAGUAAAUAUGUCUGUACCACAAUUCUUGGAUUUAUUUAGACAGAAUGAAAAUAAAGGUAUCGUGAUAAUUCCAAUUGACGAUUCUGGAAAGCCAUUAACUGGAGUAGCUGUCCCGCAAAAGGUGGAAUAUAUUCCAAAUAUUGGCAAAGCAUUUGCCGGUCAGAGCUUUGAUGGACAUUCGAAAGAGCACAAUUUUGAUGUAAUUGCUAGCAAUGCUAAUUAUGAUUUAACAAGCAACACUACUUCGGUAAAUAUGUCGGGAUCGAAAUGUUCGUGCAAAAAAUCAUCGAUGUGUACGCGGUCGUUUGUACCCCAAUCGCAGGGUUUGAUGAGUUCUGGAGCUGAUGUUAUCGACGCAUUAAUCAAUGAUCAAGGCUCCGCAACAGUAGCAGUAGCCGCUGCAAUGCUUCAGAAUAGUCCGCCACAGUGGUUUCAGUCAUCCGGUGCAAAACUAAAAUCAACUGAAUGGCAGAUACCUCGACUAUGGGAGAAAAAGAUUAUUUCAGAAACAUCCGCGAGCUCGGCAGAGUUCGCUCAAAGCUCGAUGGCCAGUUCACCAGAAAAGACUUGGCAAACAAAAAAGAAUCUUCCAUUGAAAUCUUCAUUCAAAAACGAGAAUUGCAUUCGAGAAUACCAUCGUGAAAUUGGCACCAAUACAGCCAAAGAUAUUCUGCAAGAUUUGUCAGCAAGAAAAUCAAGAGAAGCUUCAUCAGGCUUAUCAAUCUUAUCUAGCAAUCGUGACACCAAUCUGUCGUAUUCAAUUUCAGACAGCAACCCUGCACAAAAUUCUAAUCAAAAUCGAUUACUGUAUGAAAGCAAUGGCAGUAACGACGAUACAUAUGAUUAUGAUACGUAUGAUUAUGAUGCAUAUGAUUAUGAUACGUAUGAUUAUGAUACAUAUGAUUAUCGAACAGAGCGUCAACCAGCAAGAACACGUAAUAGUACUGUUUGGGAAAAUCCACGAUAUUCAUCAUCACAACUGCAUCAUCACUAUGCACAUUCGAAUACACGUGAAGUUUUUUCAAGAAGGUACCAAGGACGAUCAAAUCAAAAUUCAUCGCGAUAUAGUGGCGUGGUACGUGGUGGUCCCACAAUGAGACAAUCGAUGAAUCAGUCCGGUGGUUAUUACUCAACAUUUUCUCAUUCUCAGUCAACUUGGAGUUUAUCAUCACGAGGUUACAGUGAAGAUAAAAGAUAUAGUAAUCGAGGAAUAACAUAUAAGCGUUUCAAAAGACAAUUUGUGAACGGAUCACAAUUAGAAGAAAAAGGAAAAGGUGAUCGACGAGAGGAACUCUAUCCUUCCCUCCGUCAAGAGCAGCAGCAUGCUUACCUCUGCCGAAAAGGCUCUGAAAAAUUAAAUAAUAAUGUUAAUAAUAUUGCGACACCGCCGAGGCUACUAGUUAAAACCAAAGCUUACGCAGAUAAAACGAAACGGAUCGGCGUUAUGGCACUGAUCGAUGAGGUACAAAGGAGUCGGAAUGAGCAAUCAUCACGAAGUACACGACAGAAGAAUAGACCAGCACUAAUGAUGAAGGAAUUAGAGAAAUAUACGGGAAAUGAUAAAAUUAGUUCGAAACCAUGCGUAGAUAUGGCAAAGAAAAACACAAUCGAGGAUGAAGGAAUUCAAAACGAAACGCUAGUUUUCUUUUUAAAAUUGUAA